AUGACUUCUAACAUAGCCGAAUCAUUGAAUAAUAUUAACAGGAUAGCAAGGAGAUUGCCGGUGAUUUCACUUCUUGAAUUUAUGAGAGUAACAGUUCAAAGAUGGAUUCAUAAGCACAACGAUGAGGCUGCAAAAACUAAAUCAGAGCUGACGAAAAAAUAUGAUUUUCUGCUUCAGAAAAGUAUUGCUUUGUCUAGCAGUAUGAGGGUAAUACCAUCAAUUGUUGAUAUGCAUGUUAUUGUUGAUGGACCAAAGAAGUACAUAGUAAACUUAAACACCAAGAUGUGUAGUUGUGGAAGAUUUCAAAAUGAUGAGAUACCAUGUGGGCAUGGAAUGGCAGUUCUUAGAUACAGAAGACUACAUGAAACAGAAUUCUGCUCUACUUUUUAUAGCCUAAAGAAUUUUCAAGAUGCAUAUGUCAUCCUUGUUGAACCUAUUCCUUGCGAGAGUACAUGGGAUAUACCAAGUUAUAUUUCAAAGCCUAAAUUGAUGCUACCCGGUUCAAAGAGAAUGGUAGGAAGACCAAAACUUGAACCAUGGAAGGGAUUUGCUGAUGUGAAAUUCAAAAGGUCAAAAGUUACCUGUUAG